AUGAGCCCGAAGGACAUCAUCGAAGGCGCCACGACCACUCUCCUGCAAAAUGCACCUGCCGCGGUAGCGACAGCCUUAUCUAAAGUACCCGUCGGCGUCGACAUCCCCGCGCCUACUGACGUCGUUUCCACAAUAAUAUCCACGACGACUUCAGCUCUCGCCGCGGCCGCGACAACGGCAAUGGCUUCGCCAUCGUACUCCGGAGGCCCAGACGGCGGCUCAGACGACGGAGGCGGCUCGGGCGAGUGCAGGCUCCUGGGGCCUUUUGCGCUGCUCGUGCAGCUGGCCCUCGGCGGCCUGGCCCUCCUGUCGCUCGUCUACAAGCGGUGGCGGGAGCGGCCACAGCGGCCCCUCAAGAUCUGGUCCUUCGACGUCUCGAAGCAGGUGGUCGGCAGCGUGCUGGUCCACAUCGCCAACGUCUUCAUGUCCAUGUUGACGAGCGGUCGGUUCUCUAUCAAGGUGGAGCCCAUGAGCGUACAGACCGCGGCACGGCUGUUGAGGAGGGACGACGACGUAUACGUCCCGAACCCCUGUUCGUUCUAUCUGCUCAACCUGGCCAUCGAUACAACGCUUGGAAUACCGAUAUUGAUUGUGUUGCUGCGCAUUUUCACGGGCCUAAUAUCUUAUACACCCCUUGGCAAGCCUGCCGAAUCGAUUCAAUCUGGAAACUACGGCAGCCCACCCAAGGCCGUCUGGUGGCUGAAGCAAUCCUUCAUCUACUUCUGCGGUCUCUUUGGCAUGAAGAUCUGCGUGCUGAUCCUCUUCCUCGUGUUACCGUGGAUCGCGCGCAUCGGGGACUGGGCACUGUCGUGGACGGACGGCAACGAGCGCCUCCAGAUUGUGUUUGUCAUGAUGCUGUUCCCGCUCAUCAUGAAUGCCAUGCAGUACUACAUCAUCGACAGCUUCAUCAAGAAGAAGGAGAUGGACCACGAGAGGCUGGUGUCUCCGGACCACGACGACGAAGACGAUCCGUUCGACGAUACCCUAGCGAUAGACGACGAUGCCUUGAGCGAGUCUGCCGACGAGGGCGCACGAGAGUCGAGGCUGAAGACGUACAAGGGCAUGACGCGCAAGGGCUCCAAGAACGUGACCGAGGAGUACGAUCCCGAGCAGGACGGGCGCGAGGUCUUGUGGAGCAGCAGCGGCCAGCGGUCCAAGAAGGACAAGGUCCUCCCGAAGGAGCUGGUGCCCCCUGAGUAG